AUGGCGAUUGCUCUGAACCUCGACGGGUUCUGGAUCCGGAAGGUGGACAGCCACGUGAGCUGGGAGCCCUGCUUGGUGUGUCGCAGCUGCCUCCCUGGAUACGUGCGCAGCCGCCUGCCGCUGCAGAGCUCCUGUGAGCUCUGCACCCACCAGUCGAUGAUUGUGAAUAUCGCCAUUUUCCUCUUCUUGGUCGUGGCCCGCUCGCAGCCCGAGUCCGACCGAAGCGUGGUCUCUUUGUUCUCCGUGCGGUUCUCGCAUGUGGUUCUGGCCCUGUGGCUCGCCAAGCUCGGGGUGGAGAGGCGGAGCAACCCCAAGGAUCUCGACCUGCGCCUUGGCUACCUCAAGCUUCUCUUGCUCUACCUCAUCGUUGAGGCUGCCGCGAAGAUCCGUAUGCCCUUGAGGGUAGGAGCUCCUGUGCCCCUCCUCAUUCCCCCCCCCCUUUUCUUCCUGUCGGAGGGCGCUUUGGCAGAGACGGCCAUCGAGAUCCUCAACGACUUCCGCACAAGUGAUCUGGGUCCAAUCCUGGGCCACGUGCUCGCCGUCUUCACCUGGUCGCCGCACCUCGCGCUUCGUGGCCGUGCGCUGUUUGAUGGACCAGCUGGCCCAGUCUGCACCUCGGCCGCGCCAGCCGGAGCUGGCUACCUCCACGGCGAGGGCGUCGCAGUCAGCAACAGCAUUGCCGGCUCGGCAGCGUCCGAAGCGGUGGCCCUCUUGCCUCUGGACGUGCUCGCCGACUCGCUCUCGAAGCUUGGGUCGAAAACCACCGCGGCCGUGAGGAAGCUCAACCACACAGCCUGGUUCUCGGAGGACGCCGCACCCGUGCGGGAGUCCUUGCCUCCCGGCCGUAGAAGCCUCUUGCAGAAAGAUUACCAGUACUCCACGGAGCUCUAUGCCCAGACUUUCUGGCUCUUCCUCUACGUUUCGAACUUUGUGUACGUCUGGGCAUGCUCCCUGACCCGCACAGACGGAGGGGCUGGGGUGGUCUUUGGGAUCCUCACAGGCUUAAUCUGGGACAGCUCCUUCAACAGCCGGGCGAUCUUCUUCUAUCAGGAGACGCUGGCCAGCUACGAUGCCGAGGAUUGGCUGGCCUUCAUCCAGGCCUACUUCCAGAAGUGGGGCGUCUUUGGCCUCUGGUCCUGGGACCUCGCGGCCGCGCGGGCCGAGGGCUUCGGUUCCUGGGCCCGCGUCUUCACGGAGCAGAGCUACCCCUUGCUGAUCUCUUUGAUCCUGGUUCUUUACGGCAGCGUUCUUGCCGGGCUCCUGGAGUUUGCGCGCUGCAGCGAGGUGCCACAUGAGACCGUGCGCCGGAGCCUCUUUGCCCCGGAGGUGCAAUGCCUCGACUUCAGCACGCACCUCGCACGUCUCUGCGCCAUUCUGGCGGUGCUGUGGCUCCUCGGCGUGCCCCUGGUUCUGGGCUGGGUGCUCAACAGGGCCCGCAACCACCUCUCCGAAGACUUCGAGUUUCCCGUGGAGGUCUCCGUUCUCAGCUUUGGCUACCGUCUUGGAUGCUGGAGAUGGGAGAGCUACAUCUUCUUGCUGAAGGGCUUCGUCAUCGGGAGCAGCCUGCUGAGCCCAAUGAACCGAAGCAGCUUCCUCUUCCUCGUGGCGGUGCUCCACGGCUUCAUAAGCCGGAGCUUCAACCCCUUCACGUCGCGUUCAGACUUCGCCCUGGUCAAGGCAGACGGGCGCUUUGCGCUCUUCUUCGUUGCGCACAGCAUCCUCAUCCAGUUCCUGGCAGUUUCAACUUCCAUCCCGAGAAACUUGCGGAUCUUGGGGGUUGUUCUGAUCAGCUGCAUGGUUCUGCUGAACGUGCUCCUCCUUGUCUACCUCCUGGUCGCCUGCUUUGCCUGCUGGCAGGAUACGUUCAUCGAGAGCUAUGAGUUCUACGACUGGGAGCUCUGGCGGAAGAAGCGCCGAUGCUUGACAAGCUGUGUGAGGAUGCCGGUGACCAUGCUGCUCGACCACUACAAGCGCCGGGUGCGGCGCCGUGCCUACGUGAGCUUUGACCCCUCCUUCGGGUGGCUCACGGUCUGCGGCAGCCAUGGCGACCAGGCGAAGGCGACGGUGAACUGGCGCAGCGGCCGCCCUCCCGACCUUUCUGCAGCCCCGGCGGUACCAAAUGGCGAGGUCGCGCAGUCGACGGCAGGGCAGCGACGGAAGGUCCAGAAGUAUCUGCACCAAGCGGCUGAGCGCCUCUCGCUCAUCAAGGGCUGUGCGACCUUCAGCGUCCUCGAGCUGGAGUUCAUCAUCCGGGCCGCGUUUGUCUUCGCGCGGCGCGCCGAGCUCCAGAAGAGCCGACUGGCCCGCCCUCUCACGCUGAUCUCGCAGGAGGAGUCGUUUUUGGGCCUGGAUGCCCUGGAGCUCCUCUGGAGCAGCCUCGACCUGGAGGCAGUGGGUGCUUGGAACAACUGCGAAGGCUACGAAGGUCACGUCUUCAUGAUGGUCCAUGUAAGGCUCCUAUGCGAAUACGGAGCCUUGUAG